GAUAUUAAAUGUCAAAAAGCCUUCUCUUUUAUGGCCUCAGCAGUUCCUCUGGUGAAAGGCAAUCUAAAAUUGCAAGAUGUCUUCUCCCUUGUGUAACCAGUAAGAGGCAGAUAUUGGCAAAAUUAAUACGUCACGUUUAGUGUAAACAUGAAGACUCCUAUAACAAAGAGUCAAAAAAAGAAGUGCAUGCAGAGGGCAUAAGUCAUGUUGCUACAUGCCGACCUCCCCCGUGAAGACACGGAUUCCGCUGACAAGUUUUGGUCAUCUUAUAAGCGAAGUGAAGAGACAGCUCUUCGGGAUUGAAGCACCAGCCCAAACAAAACUUAUAGGAUGGAGGAAGCAUUUUAACAGCUACACAUUACAAGGACGCAGAAAUUUUGUUCUAGCCACAUAUGGUAUUCUUGCUGUCACAGCUGCUGCCUACAUGCUGAGACGCAGCAGCAGCAGGAAGGAGGAACAUGAAACAGCAUCUGCCUCCUUAUAAACUACAAAUGGAAAGUUUUUUUUGGGGGGGGGGGUUUAAAGAUACAAUAAAUUAUUUACUAUCACUAUAUGCAACUGUGGUUAAUGAACCUUAUGUUUCUACAUGUCACCGGCCAGAAGUUUUUAUUUCUUUAUCAUGUACACAGAUUGUCAUUAAAAAAAAAUGAUUAAAGUUGCAGUGUUGUUUGUUGUAGGGCAUUUGUGGCCUAAUGGUUAGAGAGUUGGGUUUGUAAUCCAAAGGUUGUGGGUUUGAGUCUCAGUACGGUGGGGGAGUGAAUGUACAGCGCUCCUGAAGUGAGACCCUUGAGCAAGGCAUUGAACCCCCAACUAUACUUGGCUACAUAUCACCUCGCUCACUAUUAAAACGUGUUAUUUUUAAAAUAUACUCACUAACUUUAACACAUUAGUCAUUUGCCAGUAGAGUGCAGUGUAAGCUUAACGUCAAGUACAUUUCUUGGAAGCGAUUUGCUUUAUCUGCUCUAAAGGCAAAUUGGGUGGUUAUUUUACAGCUGUUGAUUUUAGGUUAGUGAAACUAGGAGUGCAGAUGGGGACGCUUUCCUGUAAAAUGAAAUGCACAGAAAUUAUUUCUGAAAUAGCAGUGCUGUUGUAAUAUGUUUUUCUGCUUUCUGUUUCAGGUUGAUCAUUUCAGUUAAUUGUGUUUGGGCAUCAUUCUGAAAGUGAAGCUUAAUUUAAAUCCAUUGAUUACAUUAGUCUACAAUAUUCCAUUAUUGUGGCAAUCAACACAUGACUGAAAAACUACCCCUUUCCUUUAAAAAUCCAAAUUUCUCUGAUUGUUUUCCUCUUUUAGACAUGGUAUACUAUAUAAUUUGUAUCCAUAGACACUCUCUGACUACAUGCACUACAAUAAUCUUCAAAUGUUAACACAUGAAUGUGACAGAGCCCAGCUAAAGUGAAACUGAAAUGAAAGAGCACCUGAAUACAGGUCCAUGAGGGGGUUGUGGUGAGUUUUUUUCCCUGUAAAGAUAGGGCAGUAGUGCACAGCCAUAAUAAAUUCUCUGUAGGUGAAUGUGCAGGUGCUGUGCUACAUCAGGCAGUUGAUGUCACUGGCACAAGAGUUGAGUUUUUGGAAUUUGGGGUUCAUAUCAAAGGUUAAAUUGCUUCAAGUGAAAAUUCAUCUUUGGGUUCAUCUGCAGUGCAAGGCUGCAGAACCAUUCAUCUAUGCUUUGGGACCAUGGAGGAAUGGUAUGAGUGGGCCCCGAUUCAGAAUGGUCCAGCAUAAUGACUCUGACCAUACAGUUGCGCCACAGGGCCCAUCCAAGCCGGCCGAACCCCCUAAACCCUACUCUGACCCACCCACACACUUUCACCCCUUUCGGGAUCAGCAGGAAUGUGACCUCAUCACCCAGGCUGUGAAAUACUUGAACCACAGUGGAUUUUACUGGGGUCCCAUGGAAGCAGACGAAGCUCAUGCACGACUGGCCGAACUCCCUCUUGGGACAUUCCUGAUCCGGGACAGCAUGCAGGCAAAUGUUUUCUUCACUCUCAGCUAUCGGGCUCCCGAGGGCCCGACCAGUGUGCGGGUGCUCCUGAAAGGAGGAGGAUUCAGUUUAGCGGGGAGUAAACAUACUUUCUCUUGCCUUUUCCACCUGAUAGGAUACUAUAUUGCAUCCCCAAAAAAGAGUCUGAGUAUGCCGUAUCGCGGAGAUGCGCCACAGAGCCUACAAGAUCUGGCAAGAAGAGCUGUGAUGCAGAGUUAUGGGAAAGAUAGUAUUCACCAACUACCUGUGAGCAAGAAGCUUAAAGAAUUUCUGUGGUUGUACCCUUUUAGUAUAUGAAUGUGUGUUGUUUAUUUGAAGGCGAAGUUACAGAUGUUGCAGCUCUUUAACAAAGCAUCAUUUAUUUGAUCAUUUCAUAGGAUACUGUAGUCUUCAUUGACCUAACUAGAUCAUGUAUUUACUAUUUAUAUGUGUAGUGAUCGUUUGGAUUAUUCUCAGAAGAAAAAAAAAAGCACUACAAAACGUUUCAUUUGACAUGCAGCAAGUUCAGCACAACACCACAAUUGGCCUUCGAUUGUUUUAAAGCAAUCACGUUGGUACUGGUCAGUUUGUAUUUGUAUAAAAUGAAUGAUUUGACAACUUUGUUGCUUUUAAAUAGUAUUGUCUGUCUUUAUAUAUGAAUGUAAACCACUGACCACAUGAGACUGGUGAUGUCAAUAUCAGUAUGAACAUUUAAUUAUUUUAUAUAUUGGUACAUAUAUACAAUAUGUAGACUAUAUAAUCUAUAGUAUAUAUUGUAUACCAAUGUCAUUCUGCUAUGCAGAAAUAUGCAUUUCACCUAGUGAGAAGUACGGUUCUUUGUUUUGUUUGCUUUUUAUUAUUAAUAAAGAUAAAUUAUUUUAUGUGUUUUACAGCUGA